UUUCUUUUCCAGAGUUUGGCGAGAAGCUAAUUGGGUCGCACGCCAUUUAGCGGCCCAAGCACAAGCCCAACAGAUUAAUUAUUCCCAGCCUACUUCGUUACCUGCCUGUGUAUAGCCCCCCAUUGUUUGUCUCCUAUUUUUGCUUGUGCCCUUUAAUUUCUUAGAUGGCCAGAGAUGACCCAAAAUGUUGAACAAAGUACAAGCGGACAAGGCAUUCACCCCUCUUCGUUCCGGGAUAAGAAAACGAAGCGAAUCGAGCGAGAUUCACCCCAGCCGCCUUGUAGAGUUACUGGACCGGCUCAGACCUCAAUCACCAUAGCCCCAAGAGCUAGCUCACCAUUCACCACCAAGGAGUCAACAAGGGAAAACCGAAAGGGCAACAGUCUCAAACACUCAGUUUGGAGCCCAAACCCCCCCAGACCAGACCCCAGAGAACCCACCGGAGAAGAACCCCCAAAAACCAGCUCAGAGUGAAGCCCACAGAAGGGAACCCCAAGGGUCUCACCGGAGGAUAGCCGGAGCUAAGCCUACAGUUCAACCGGCACUCUCUCACUCUAGAACUAGGGUAACAGUCUAGGCUUCUCAUCGCUAAGAGAGAGGGAAGGGUCGCACAAAUAGGAGAUUCCAGAAGGAACGGGACAAUAUAAGAGAAGGGCCACAAUGAGUCAUGGGCUGGAUAAAGACAAGGGGAGACGAAUGGGCUUGGUCGGGUAGGCAAAGGAGUUGGGCCAGACUCAUUAAUUAGGAGACCAACAUAUUAAUGAGGCGAGCCAAGUACAACAGAGGUGGACCAAUACCAACUCACACGCCUGAAGAUGUGUCUCACGCUCCUCUCAAUUUCAGAUGGAGAGCAUGUGCUAAACUGGAUUACAGUUUGUUGCAGGUUAUUUUUGCAUUCAGGGAUAUAAAUUAGUUACAAUCUAUUUGUUUAUCGGUAAGCUUUUUAUAUAUGUACCUUUUUGACAUUGGUAUCCAAAAGAAUUAUUUCACAAUAUAAUUGUUUAUGUUCAUAUAUGUUUACCAAGUAUUUUUUUUGCUAUACCAUAUACUUCUAAGUUUUAGUGAAAAAACGACAGCUAAUGCACUUAAUGUAACACAUGUUUUCCAAGAGUUAUUUGGUAGAGCUUGCUAGCUAAUUUAUGUUAAUUUUCCUAAAUGGAAAAUCAUUUUGUUAAACCUCUUGGUAAAAAACAGGUUACAUACACACUGUUAUGCAUCUGCAAUUGUAUUAUAUAUUUUUCAAGCUUAUAAUAUGAAUAAGCAAUAUGGGUGUACUUUGGUUAUUUAUUUGGCUUAAAUCUAAAUGGGUUUUCAUUAAGAAUCUAGCUGUGUUCUCAAUUAUUUUUCAACCAAGUCUGAUUAUUUAUGUGGAAGAAGGUGAGUUGAACUUGGCAGCAGGAUGACAUUUAUACCCUCUAUUCGUAGUUUCAUUUAUUUACUCUCACAAUUGUUUUCUAAAAUAGCAUUAAAAAUCAAAUCAGCCAUUGCUUUUCUAUGGAGGCUUUUAUUCAUCGAAAGUUUCUUACUAAAACAAUCCUCUUGCUUCCUUUGUAUAAAAAAUUCGGGAUCUUCUGAAAAACUAACUACCAUGAAAUGUUUAGAAGAUAACUUAAUUAUGAUAAUUGACAUUACACAUAAACAUAUAAACUCAAAUGAAUGGCAAUUUAGAACUUAUUUCAAGCCAAGAGUGGAAAAGACAUUCUAUUUGAGUCUAACAAACAAAACAAUUUUCGUUUUUCAUGCUGAGAUGUACUGGUGAUCAUAGAAACCCAAAUGGAUAGGAAAUUCUCAAACUUCAGCUCUCUGCUCAAGUUAUAUUUCAGAGUAACAAAAAAAGGUUAAUUUGGUUAAUCCGUUUUUGGUGUUACAGUUGUAUGGUGAGGUUAUAUUCCUGCUUCUGAAAGUUAACUUAUAACUUUCUCUGUUUUUCCUCUGUUUUGAGUUUUCUAUAUAUUAUGGGACGUGGAAGGAAUUUGUUUAUAGCUUUUUGUAUGUAUAGAAUGUCAAGGAGUCAAGCAUUGAAAGUUUUAGUUAAGGGGUGUUGGUCCCGAAUUUGGAUCCUCUCCAGUAACUGGAGAAUUCUAGUGGGAGAGAGAUAGAGAGGAGGUGAUUUUAGGUGGGGUAUAUGGAUGAGUAAGAUAGAGGAAAAUGUAGAAAGAGAUAGGAAGAAAAAAAAGAAAUGGAUGGAAAAUGGAGAAGAAAAAAUGGGGAGGAGCUGAACCCGUUGGUCUCUUUGACACUGUAUCUAUAGCUAGAUGGUAUUCAUUAAUAAACAGAGAAGAAAAAUAUCACAGAAUGAUUUAGGGUCUGUUUGUAACUGCUUUUAAAAAAGAACUUCUCAGCUUUUGGCUUUAAAAAAGCACUUAUUUUCCCAAACACUACAACUUUUAUUUUUCUCGGCUUCCGCGUCAAAAGUGCUUUUACUUUUUCUAUUACACAAAAAGCACUUAUUUUACCAAACACUACCCACUUUUACUUUUCAAAAUCACUUUUUUCUCAAACACUAUUAACUUUUAUUAAAUCACUUCUCCUCAUUUCAUUAAAAAAAUCACUUUUUUAAAAGCAGAAACUGUUGCAAACAAACCUUUAAGCAAUAUCGAGAACAGAGAAACCUUUCCUUCUAUUUAUCGAAAAGUUUUGCAGAGUAAUGCUGAGAGAAUAGAAUGUUCAACCUUAGGCUCUGUACAGAACGCACAUAUUUAUAUGUGGUGUACAAGUUACCUUAAUUAGGAUACCUAGGAGUUUGGGCCUAAGGCCUUUUUGGGCCUUAUUCCCUUACAACCUAAUUAUUACAUAAUUAUUUAAUACCAUAAAUGGUAUACCUAUUCUAAUAAAUAACAAGAUAUUUAGACAAACUUGAUUCACAAUUAAAAUGUGCUUAACAAUCUCCCCCUUUGUGAUCAAGAGCAGUCUUGCUUGGGAUCUCUUUAUUUCUGAGAUCUGUAAUAGUGUUUGCGAAGAUUCAGUGCAUGCUCGUAAUUUCUGAGUGACCUUCUCCUGUCAAGUUGUUUCUAGAUAGCUUUUAAAAUUUUGUCGGUUCUGUUUGACUCGAUCUGUUAGUUCGGCAUCCGUUGCAUCUGCAUACUUCUGUUGUCUUUCUUCAAAUUUGAUAAGCGUUUUAUUAACGUAUUUUAUAUAUUCAUCUUAAAACGCUUUUAUGUUUAAAAAGAAUAAAAUCUUCACACAUAUGCCUCGUUUUGCUAGAAGUUCUUUAAAUCAACAAAUGGAUCAAAUGCAAGGAUGGUAGAAUACACACGAAGAAACCGACGGAAAAAGGUCAACCAAACGCAUCCCGAGGAACAAAUAAAGACCACAAAAAGGCCCAAGACAGACGAAAGUCGCCCGGUUUAUGCCAAAGGCGGCCGGCCAUUGGUCCCCAAGCUUAUUUUCGCAUCCAAAGCUGAAAAAUCUGAUCCGGAGCAAGAAAGGACGAAAGCCGCCCGGCUUUCGUGAACACCGGCCGACUUUUGGACGCCGAAGGAAUUUUUCAGAAUUUAAUUACAAAAGCCGCCCGGCUUUUGUAAAUGGCGGCCGGUUUUCGACCCCUGGAGCGGAGGAGCAGCAUUUUAAACGCGCAAAAGCUGCCCGGCUUUUGCGAAAGUCGCCCGCCUUUCGUCUGGAAUUGAUUAAAACAAGCAACGGUCAUCACAAUCAUUCGAGAGAAGCUCCAAAUCCAAUUAAGGAGCUUGCUUCCUUGUCUAAAAAUGGCCGUUGAAGACCCAAUAUUUAAGCAUAUGGAAGCCCUCUCAAGUAUUUAUUCCAUAUUCCAUACACUUUACUUCCAUUUUAGCACUCCAAGAUCAACCCCUUGGUCUUGGGAGAAGUUCUACCAUUGGGGAUUCCAUUGUCCACCAUAGCUUGGAGUUGUGGUAUUUCUUUCUUAUGUAUUUCAUUGUAUUUCAUCAAUUCAAUACUUGUAAUUUCAUUAUGAGUUGCUCUAGCUAAUUUUCCAUAGCCAAGGUUAGGGAUGAAACUUUACGCACUCUAGGUGUUUGAUGUAUGUUCUCAACCAAAUUAUUAUGAUCUUUCCUUUAUAUUUUAAUGUGUAUGACUACG